AUGCCGUUCGGCAACACCCACAACAAGUUCAAGCUGAACUUCAAGUCUGAGGAGGAAUACCCAGACCUCAGCAAGCACAACAACCACAUGGCCAAGGUGCUGACCCCUGACCUGUACAAGAAGCUGCGGGACAAGGAGACGCCAUCGGGCUUCACCCUGGAUGACGUCAUCCAGACAGGUGUGGACAACCCAGGCCACCCUUUCAUCAUGACCGUGGGCUGCGUGGCCGGGGACGAGGAGUCCUACACGGUUUUCAAGGAUCUCUUCGACCCCAUCAUCCAGGACCGACACGGGGGCUACAAACCCACCGACAAGCACAAGACGGACCUCAACCACGAGAACCUCAAGGUGGGCUCCCAGCCGGCCGCGGGGCCAGACAGCGGGGGCCCUGACUCGCCUCCUGCCGCCCAGGGUGGAGACGACCUGGACCCCAACUACGUGCUCAGCAGCCGCGUGCGCACCGGCCGCAGCAUCAAGGGCUACUCGCUGCCCCCGCACUGCUCCCGCGGCGAGCGGCGCGCGGUGGAGAAGCUGUCGGUGGAAGCCCUCAACAGCCUGACGGGCGAGUUCAAGGGGAAGUACUAUCCUCUGAAGGGCAUGACCGAGCAGGAGCAGCAGCAGCUCAUCGAUGACCACUUCCUGUUCGACAAGCCUGUGUCCCCACUGCUGCUGGCCUCGGGCAUGGCCCGCGACUGGCCCGACGCCAGAGGCAUCUGGCACAAUGACAACAAGAGCUUCCUGGUGUGGGUGAAUGAGGAGGAUCACCUCCGGGUCAUCUCGAUGGAGAAGGGGGGCAACAUGAAGGAAGUUUUCCGUCGCUUCUGCGUGGGGCUGCAGAAGAUUGAGGAGAUCUUUAAGAAGGCUGGCCACCCCUUCAUGUGGAACGAGCACCUGGGUUACGUGCUAACCUGCCCAUCCAACCUGGGCACUGGGUUGCGUGGAGGCGUGCAUGUGAAACUGGCACACCUGAGCAAGCACGCCAAGUUCGAGGAGAUUCUCACCCGCCUGCGUCUGCAGAAGCGGGGCACAGGUGGCGUGGACACAGCUGCAGUGGGCUCUGUGUUUGACAUAUCCAACGCCGACCGGCUGGGCUCAUCCGAGGUAGAACAAGUGCAGCUGGUGGUGGACGGUGUGAAGCUCAUGGUGGAAAUGGAGAAGAAGUUGGAAAAGGGCCAGUCCAUCGACGACAUGAUCCCUGCCCAGAAGUAGGCACCCAGCCCACCCGCCGCCAAAGGCUGGAGCCCGGGCUCCCGGAGGACCCGGCGCACUGGAGGCCCAAUCCUUCAUCCCUUGCUCCGCCCCUCUCCCCAGAGUCCCGCCCACAAUGGUUCCAUUACCUGGACGCUCUCUCCGCCCUACUUGGAGUUCCUAUUCCACCCAGAGUUCCAGCCAAUGGGCUCCACCCUCUGGGCUCUGGCCAAUGAAAAACCUCCCUCACCUCUGGGUGUCCAGGGCCCCGCCCACCACCUGGAGCUCUGGCGGACGCGGCGUCCGCAACACUGCUGGAGCUCCUGCUUCUCCACGGAAAGCAAUAAAUAAAA